UGAAGAUCAUCAGAGCAAUUCAGCCAACGACUACUGAUAGCUGGCAGGGCCAGCUUUUGCAAAAGGAAAAGAAAAGCGAAAAGAGUAGCCAGAAAUUCCUCCUCCACUACCUCAGUCAUAACCUAGAUUCUGGGCUCAGCCAUGGGUUCUGGGCUUCUGGCGGUCUGGUCGACUGCGCAACAGCCAACCCCUGCCCCUGUGCGGCUGUGCCCCAUCCAUUCCAUACUCCCACCACUCCCUCCGACUCCAAGCACGACGGCUCAGAGAGGAGCCGCACCGCCAUGCGGCCGCUAACCCACGCGCCGCUUGCGCCGCAAUCGCGAGCAAAACUUAGUAUCCCCGGCCGCGUGCCGACGGCGCCGCCGCGCGCGCUCCCCUUCCCCGACGCCCUCCGCGCGGCUGCGGCUGCGGCGGCCGUCUCCCUCUCCCUACUCACGGGAGACGCCGCGGGCGCGGCGGUCCCGCAGCCCACCGAGGUGUGCCGGGACGGGGGCGCGGCGGUGGAGGAGGAGGUGAGGGCCGAGGCGGUGACGAACGAGCAGCUCGUGGAGGAGGCGUGGGAGGUGGUCUACGAGAGCUUCCUCCCCGACGCCGGCACCCGCUCGUGGUCGCCGGAGAUGUGGAUGCAAAGGAAGCAGGAUAUUCUCCAAGGCACAAUCAAAUCCCGCUCUAGAGCUCAUGAUAUCAUUCGGAAAAUGCUAGGGAGCCUUGGUGACCCAUAUACAAGGUUCCUAUCUCCCUCGGAAUUCUCAAAGAUGUCAAAAUAUGACAUGACGGGUAUUGGAUUAAACCUGAGGGAGAUUCCUGAUGACAAUGGCUCUUUCAAGUUGAUGGUAUUAGGGCUGCUAUUAGAUGGUCCUGCUUACUCUGCUGGCGUUAGACAGGGUGAUGAGCUUUUGUCAGUCAAUGGAAUUGAUGUAAGGGGUAAAUCUGCAUUUGAUGCUUCAUCCAUGCUGCAAGGUCCGAAGGAGACAUUUGUUACGAUUAAGGUUAAGCAUGGUGACUGUGGUCCUGUUGAGUCAAUGAAAGUGCAGAGACAACUGAUUGCUCGAACUCCAGUUUUCUAUCGUUUGGAGAAAAGAGAAAAUGAGGAUUCAUCUGUUGGAUAUAUUCGCAUUAAAGAGUUCAAUUCAGUUGCCAAAAAAGAUUUGGUUAGUGCACUAAAACAUUUACAGAAUUCAGGUGCCUCCUACUUCGUUUUGGAUUUGAGGGACAAUCUUGGUGGACUAGUGCAAGCCGGAAUAGAGACUGCAAAGCUCUUUCUGAACAAAGGAGACACGGUCAUUUAUACCGCUGGCCGGGAUCGUCAAGUCCAAAAUACAAUUGUGGCUGAAAGUGGACCUUUGGUUGCUACUCCUCUUAUGUUACUGGUGAACAAUAGGACAGCAAGUGCCAGUGAAAUAGUUGCUUCUGCACUUCAUGACAAUUGCAAAGCUGUUCUUGUUGGUGAAAGGACUUUUGGCAAGGGCUUAAUCCAAUCUGUAUUUGAACUUCAUGAUGGUUCUGGUAUUGUUGUCACAGUUGGCAAGUACGUGACACCAAAUCACAAAGACAUCAAUGGAAAUGGAAUAGAACCAGAUUACAAUCGUCUUCCUGAUUUGACUGAAGCCAGAGAUUACCUUUCGCGCUGCCGAAUUCAGGAAUUAAGCUGAGUGAAGCAUUUUAUUCCGAAGGUUCUCACAGAGGUCAGAUGUGCUAAUACGGUAGAAUGAUGUAACAGUGCUGAUGCUCGUGCUGACUGUACAAUGAUCCCUCGAUGGCGAGUUGACAUCAAAAGCUCAACUUCGAAGCGACAAUACAAGCCUAUGCAGAGUUAGCACGCCUAUUCGCUGGCGCUGCAGUGCGGUAAGAGAAGUAGAGAACAAUUGUUGCGACUCAUGGAACGAGGCAUCGGAAUCAACCAUCAGCGAUCUGGAAAUACUAGCUUAUGGUCUGUACACGACGAGGGUCCGUCGUUGUAAAAACAUGAUAAUUACUCGAAUGGUCGAAUUCGCAUUUGACUCACGGAUGUGGUUUCUUCUUUCUUGUCAGCGAGUAUGCGCUGCAUUCUUGAGCAACCUGAGAAUCCUACCUUACCUUCGUGCC